UAAUUUUUAAAAUAUUUAAACCUUAUUUUAUUUUAUUCACAAUAUUAAACAAUGUCAAAAGACUCUCACACUUUGACAUUUGUCUUUGAAUAUUGCAAUAGUAACACCAUAAUGUUUUAAUAAAUGUAAGUCCACUCAAAAAGCAUUAACUCAAAGAUAUUAUACUGAUUAGAUUAUCGAUAUCUCUUAUCGUCAAUAUACAUAUAAUUAUAUGCAUUAGAGUCAACAAAUAUACAAUUUGAUAAUUAGAGCACUAAUAUUUUAGGAGCUCGGUGUUUUGCUUUGUGGCAUUUCCCAAUAAAAUAAUUUAGUUUCUAGAAGAAAGUAAAAAAAAAAUAAUUUGUUUAGUGUUGAUAUAUAGUUAACACCAAAUAAAUAUAAUUUGUGUAAACUAUUUGGUCCCACCCUAUAAUUUGUGUGAACUAUUUGGUCCCACUCUCCACUCCACUGAGUCUCAUGAUUGACUCAUACAAUACAAGCACUCAAAAGAAAGUUAAUCCUCCAUUACAUGCGCGUCAACACUAUAUUAUAUAUAUCACUUCGACGACAACGAUGAAGAUCACAAACCACCACAGAGAAGUCAUCAUGGUCGACAGCAGGGAUUUCACCGUGAACAUUGACGGCGGCGAGGACGUGGACGCCGGAGUGCGUCCCGCAGGUGAUGGGAACAAGAUUUGGCGGGAAACAAGCUACGAUUUCAAUCCCAACAACCACCACAAUAAUCGAGUUUCAAAGUUUUCUUUUCUAUCACAGUCCUCGAAUGUGGAUGAUAUCGAUUACGAAGAAACAUCCAAGCACGGUGAAGUAGGAGAAGAAGAAGAAAUGGGUUCAAAAGAGUUUCGAAAUUCUCUGCGGCGGCCGAGUUUUUCUCCGGCCGUCGCUAACGGCGGAGGAGAGGUGGUGAGGUGUGCGUCAUACCAGAGGAGACACAGCAUGCUGAGGACAAAGACGAAGUCCAGAUUGAUAGACCCGGAUCCGGAACCAAGAACUCGAAAAGCUGUGAAGUUGGGAAAAUUGCGGUCUGGGUUGCUAGGGAGGGCCACCGGGAUGUUAGCGAAAGGAACAGAGGAAGAAGAGGAUGACCCAUUGUUCGAUGAAGACAUUCCAGACGAGUACAAGAGAACCAAUGUCAAUGCAUUCACUAUAGUCCAAUGGGUUAGUCUUGUUUUGAUUGUUGGAGCUCUGAUUUGCAGCCUUUCGGUUCCAAAGUUGAAAGGUCGCAAACUCAGAGGACUCCUAUGGUGGAAAUGGGAGGUUUUGGUUCUGGUUUUGAUAUGUGGUAGGUUGGUCUCUGGUUGGGGGGUUAGAAUUCUAGUUUUCUUCAUCGACCGCAAUUUUCUUCUGCGAAAAAGGGUUCUGUAUUUCGUGUAUGGAGUGAGGGAGGCGGUUCAGAAUUGUAUCUGGUUGGGUUUGGUUUUGAUUGGUUGGCAUUACCUGUUUCAUAAAACGGUUGAGAGACAGACAAACAUCAAGUUUCUUCUGUUUGUGAAUAAGGUUCUGGUUUCUUUCUUGGUUGCCGCAGUGUUAUGGCUUGUGAAGACCCUUGUGGUUAAGAUCCUUGCGUCUUCCUUCCACGUGAGCACGUUCUUUGAUCGAAUUCAGGAGUCAGUGUUCAAUCAAUAUGUGAUUGAAACGCUGUCUGGUCUGCCUUCGAUUGAAAUAAAGAACAUUGAGGAAGAUGAGGAGAGGACAACGGCUGAGGUUUGGAAGCAUGAAAAACCGCAGAGAACUUCAAGCCAAAAGUUUUCUAGGGAAUCUUCCGAAAAGCAAGGCGAGGGGAUACUAAUUGAUCAUUUGCAUAAGCUGAAGCCUAAGAAUAUCUCUGCUUGGAAUAUGAAGAGAUUGAUUAGAAUGGUUCGUCAUGGGGAGUUGUCUAUGCUGGAUAAGCAGAUACUAGAAUCAACUAAUGGUGAUGAGCCUAUCACGCAGAUUAGAAGCGAAUCAGAGGCAAAAGUUGCAGCGAGGAAGAUCUUCCAAAAUGUGGUUAAGAGGGGUUCCAGGUAUGUGCUUAUUUUUUCUACUUGUUGCAUUCCAUUUUUGCAUCUGUGCUACCCCAUGAGUAGAUUAUUAACGCAAGAAUAGUUAAUUCACAUUAGAUGUAGCAAAAUUUGUGAGUGUAUGAAUGCAAUCUCAACAAACCGAACUUCUACAAGACUUUGUCCUGACUAUAUGGUUGUCUACAUGAAUCCAUUAUAGACCCUUUCACUGUAUCAGGAACCAUAUCUUCAAGUUAGCUGCAUGUUUGUAUUGUCAACAUAUUCAUGUGUCAAUUCAGUUGUGAGAUUAGACUUUAUUAAAGAUUAAGUGGAAUGUAGACUAUCCACCCAAAAAAAGUUGAAUCUAGACAGCACAAAAGAAU